AUUCUUGACCAGACGAAUUUGGGUUAUGUUGCAGGCAUACAUCAGAAACUUUGCAGACAAAGAUGGAAAAGUUUGGCAAGGAGGGGGCGGACGAAAUCCACCCCCUGAGGCACCUCAUCUUGUCAUUACAACCCCUGAAAUAGAGUCUCUUCGUCCCAAGUCACCAAUGAAGAACCAGCAGCAGCAGUCAACCUCCAUUUCUGUGACACCUAUCAAUUCCUCAAGUAGAAGGGCAGCCGGAAAUUCUCCGCAGAAUACAGGUGGUCUUGGCUUAAAUCAAGAAGCGUCUAGCUCUAACCCUUCUACUCCGGUUCCAUGGGCUUCGCCUAUGGAGGGAUUUAGAGGACGGGAUAUCGGCAAUAUGCCUUCUGAGGAUAAGUAUUUUGAUAUUUAUGGGUAUACUGGGCAGGCAAGUGGUGAUUACCCAGAUUUUGAAUCUCAGAGACCAUUGAAUUUGUUGUAACUAAAAUUUUCAUCAUUAAUCAUUUAUUUUCCCGCUUUGAAAUAUAACGAAAAGAGAAUGUCUUUUGUUUCUCA